AUGGAAACCACCACAAACUUCAUAUGGAAGCUCUAUGAGGAACACACUGACAUAGACAGCAAAGACUACCAGAGAGUUCUGAUGGUGAUCGAGAACUACCAAGGCGCCAAAGCCAUGGGAUAUGACAACAGCAUCAACUUCAGUGCGGUAUUCUUGCAAGAAUUCCAACGAAAUUUGAAGUUUAGAUUCACUAAUUUGAUCUAUCAUGAGAUGACACACAGUUGGCAAUGGUCUGGGAACAACCAGGCCCCUGUUGGAUUCACUGAAGGUAUUGUUGAUUAUACAGUCUUCAAGGCCAACUAUUAUCUGCCUAAUUAUGCAGAGCCUGGCACUAGGAACAGAUGGGAUGAGGGUUAUGGCGUUACAGCGUAG